ACAAUGAGUAACUCUUCAACCAACAAACCAAAUAUAGAAGACAUAAACAAUAUGGCCAGUGAGAAAGACCUAUCAAAACUUUUUACAGGUACACAUGAAGUACAAGAAUGUCUUGAAGGUGACAGUGAGUACGAUUUGGAUGUUUACAAGAAACAAUGCCAGAAAUCGCAUGCAGGGUUCGUACCUGUAAAAAAAUUUACCAUUACACAUUUACCAUUUGAAUACUGCGAUAACGACCUGUAUGACUUCACAAAAGCCAUGGCUGACCUAAUUGUCAGGAUAGCCAUUACGUUCACUAGUCCAGAAAGACCAGAGUUUGUACCAGGCACUCAAGAUCCAUAUCCUUGCUACAACACCAGGGGACAGAACUCACUGAGGACAGGGACUGGGAGGGUGUGGGAGUUAUGCAAGUACUCAAAAGAUAUGGACCAGAAAUUGUAUACAUACAGAACUUGUCCAUGUCCAGAAUGUGACCACUCGGACACACCCAGCAAAGUAGCAGUGGAGCUCUGGUCUACAGACUGGAAAGUUCGUCCUCUGACCAUACCCACAGUGGUGCCAACUCUGAUGGAUUAA